AUGCAUAUUCUCAUUAUCGGCGGUAGCGGCCGGACUGGCCAGCUGACUAUUGAAGAGCUUCUUCGUCGAGGACACCAAGUAACGGCAUUGGUCCGAAAGCCUUCCGCAAUUACACAGCAAAUUGGCCUGAAACUUGUACAAGGGACUCCAACUAGCAGAGAUGAUGUCAGGGCAGCAUUCCAAGUCGACGUGCCGCAUGUGGUUAUUGUAACCCUCAGUGCUCCUCGCGCUUCGGACAGCCCAUUUGCUGCACCGAUUUCACCGCCACGUCUCAUGGCCGACUGUAAUGCUAAUGUCGUCUCGGUAAUGAAGGAAUUUGCGGUUAGGAAGGUGGUCAUUCUGCAAGCCUUUGGCGUGGGGGAUUCUUGGAAGAACAUGAAUUGUGCGUUGCAGCUACUGAUGAAGAAGUCCAACAUGAUUUACCAGUACGACGACCACAACCACACUGACCGGGAAGUGCGAGCAAGCGGUGUCGACUUUGUCCUCGUCCGUCCGGCAAGAUUGGUGGACACCGACGUCCAGGAGGUAAAGCUCUGGCCGCAAGAUGGGAAAGGUGUUCCACUGAUGGCCAGCAUAAGUCGUGUAAGCGUCGCUUGCUGGCUCGUGGAUGCCGCGGAAAGGAACGACUGGGAUAAUACUGCCCCAGUGAUUACAAAUUAG